GAAGUAUCGAGCCUGCCUUGACAUGCCUGGUCUAACCACUGCCUGUUGCCCACCUAGUAAGGUAGGCAGGCACCUGGGCUGUUGGCUAGGUACUUACUUCGCACUAGCGAGCCUCUUAUCUGAACAAUCCGUGGUCGCUGCCUGGUCUGUCCAUCACUCACUCACUCAAUCACCCGCGGUAAACCAGCGGCACCGAACUUCACAAGGGGUAAGAAGGGAGCUCCAGUCGACCUCUUACCUCCCUGCCCCACCUUCCCACCCGCACCCUUCGUUUACACCUCCAUCUCCAAACCACCCACCACCACCCUUCAUUCCCUCUUGCCCUUCGACUUGGACUUCGUCGACGCCAUCCAAGCCUUCAACUUCUAGCCUGUCGUCGUGUCUCUCUUUCUUGCACCGAUUCGGUCUUACCUUGCCUGCCUCGUCACCUCAACCCGACCGUCUCCAAGCCGUCGGGUCUAUGUCCUCGCCGUCCUCGAGCCGACAUAUCUAGCCUCACAACCACUUGUGCUAGGCGGGGCACCACUGGAGCCUUGUUUCGCCAGGCAUUCAGCAAAACCAUAGUAAAAUCCCCCGGAUCCCGCUCAACAUUGCCCUGGGCCUUGCCAACCUGUCCUCAAACAUAUGAUGGCCCAGAAAGCUGCAAGCGAGGAUUCGGUCCUCAUCUUGCUGUCGGCAAACAGUCCCAACAACGUCACCUUUCCGGAGCGAAGGAUCAUCCUCACCCAGUCCCAGCCGAAAGUCCUUAUAGGGAGGUCGAGCAAUCGCUCCGCUAUGGGGCUGACACCGGCCAUCGACAACUGUUACUUCGACUCUCCCGUCAUGAGCCGAGAACACGCCGAGAUCGAAGCAGACAUUCCCCAGCAGGUCGUUAGAAUCCGCGACGCAUGUUCCAUGCAUGGGACCCUCUUGAAUGGAGAGACGCUCGAGGCUGACGUUGCUCAGCCUCUUGUGUCCGGUGACAAGAUCACCUUUGGCUCGUCUGUGUACCGUAACGAGAAGACCUUCAAGCCCGCCACCGUGACAGUUGGGAUGGAAUUUCAACUCCGUGGCCAAGCAGAUCAAUCGCCCAGCCGUGUCUUCACCGUUCCGGACGACUGCUCGACAGACGAGAAUGAACCUUUGGAUGACAAUGCAUCUCUGAAGGUCCCUACCUUCGGUCAUCGAGACGUCAAUACGCGGAGGACGGGACAGCGCGAUGCAUUGCACCAGAUUGACGGCAUCAACGAAGUUGAAUUGAUCCAAGUUGACUCCAGUUCCGACUCGGACUCGGACAUGCAGUCCGAUGCUGUCCCGCAUGAUUAUAUCUCUAUUGUCUCCGAUGAUGGCGGCCAAGAUGAUGAGGAUUCCGUGGCGAUGGCAGCCGAUGUCGAUGACGAAGAGUCGAUAAGCUUUACGGAUGAUGAGGAGACUAGCUCUACACCGGCGAGUCCUGGAGAGUCUGUUGACCGGGAUGAGAACAGUCCCGCGAAUAGUGCCGGAGAUCGUUCGCCAUCCUGGAAUAGUGUUUCCACGGAUACGCCCAGCGAACAUGAUGACGAGCAGCCUGCAUCAGGCAACAACUCUGAAGACGAGCAGGGUGUUUUCCUCUAUGACACAGAGUCAGAACAGAUGGAUGACAUUGACCCUGUCGACACCGGAUUUCUCCUUAGCCCACAACCUGUGGUUUACCACAGGGCUUAUCAGCCGCCACAGACACCUGCUGCACCUCAGCAAUUCACCCUCCCAUCUAUUGAUACCGCGGUGCACUCCCAACAGGCAAUUCCGCCGCAUUUCAAUUGUCAGCUCCCCCCGGUAAUGUUGAUGCCACGACAGCCAAGCCCAUCUGACGCCGUUUUGCCGGUCGCCCGUCCGCACCAUGGGUCGGAGGAUGAUUCUAUUGUCACGGUGAAGAGCUUGGGACUCAAGAGCGGAAAAUACGAUUACUUUGAAGCCCGAGAGCAGAACAAAAUCACUGCGGCUCACCAUAUCCCUCUAAUAACAGGGGAUCACCUACCCGCCACGUCUUCAGCCACGGAGAUUGGAUAUACAUCUACUCCUGCUUUUGACAAGAACGCCCAUACAGUAUUCAUGCCACAGGUGCCAUGGCAUCUUGAACGCCGAAUCAGCAGUCAGGGGGGUGAGGGGUCCCUGUUGAGCUCGCACGAACCCAUCCCACUGCUCCCUGUCGAUGCUACUUCUACUGGGCUUCCGAAAGAGACUUCUGAGAUGGACAUCGAAGAUCAGGACCGUUCACUUCCCCCCUGGGCCACAUCCUCUGCUCGACAGCUGUUCUGGAAAGAGGAGCGAGAAUCGUUUCGAGCGAAAAUCGAUGCAUUCAGGGCGGCCUCAGAAGAGGCCCCAAGGGCUGCCGAACGCUCAGGAGCAUCAAAACAUGCUGUUGAAGGAAAACGAAAGGCUGCCGAAAUCUCGGAGGAGACUGAACAGCAGCUGGCGUGGCAUCAGCAAUCGACGUCUGACCAGUCGGCUGAGUGCAGAAGCCCCGCCCCUGUCCAGCCAGAGAUCGAGAUGGAUUUGUCAACACUCUCAUUCCAUGAAACUCGAGAGCAAGAUUUCACAGCCGCGAGACCUACAAAAAUGCGGAAGAUCGCCGAACGGAUUGGAUACGCCGCCCUGGGUGGCGCCACUGUUGGUGCAAUGGUACUAACUUCCCUCAUUUAUACUGCGCCUAAUUUUGCGUGAGCAGCUGUUCGCCUGCGCAUUCGUUCUUUUUAUGUUUGUAGUCAGGUUUGCUUGCAGGAAACUUGGUCAGGCUGGAACGGGAUAUUUGCGGUUUUGUGGUCGGACAGGGAUGGCGUCAAGUAUUGAAGUUUGUUUUCCGUCAGGCUCAGACGUGGCAGUGUGAUGCUCUGGCUCGGGUCGAAAGACUUUUCAGAGCAAGGGUCAAGGCUUUCCUACCUACAGGUUCGACCAGCUUCGGGGCUGUUGUGAUCAUCGUGGCAGACGAUUAUGAAUGAUUCUGAGUUCAGGAGAUAGCUUUCCAGCCCAAUGCCACAUCACUUAUGAUUCG